AUGCCUUUCAACUCUUGUAUAAACAAUGUCGCAAAAGUAUUGGAAUUAUCCAAGCAAGCAUUUCGUGAUAAGAUUCUUGGGAAAGCCCUUGAUCAAGUUAAUGAUCAAACAGAAGCUCUGGAGCUGCUUCACAUACAAGAGGCUGAACGCAUUGUAAUUUCUCUAUGUCAACAAGAUCAUCUGGACAUCAGUACUGUUCUAACUGAAGAGUGCAAGUUUUUGUUCAGAUUUACUUACACAGAGAGAAAUUCUUCCACUGUGCUGUCUGUUUCUGCCACAGAGGCACUAGCAAUUCUGCUUCGCAAAAUGUCUUUUCCCUGUCGAUUGUUAGAUUUGUCUUUGCUUUUUGGCAGGAACUCAACUGAUGUAAGUCAUAUAUCAAACCAUGUUGUGCAUCUACUGCAUCUCAAGUUUGGUAGAGCCAUGAUAUAUGACUAUCAUCAAUUUCGCCCAGAAAAUUUGAUGAAAUUUAGCAAUGCAAUCAGAGCCCUAGGCAUACCAGUCAAGCAUUGUGUUGGGUUCCUUGAUGGCACCUUUAAGAAGACUGCUAGGCCAACCAAGGACCAAAAGACUAAAGCGCAUAGUCUUAAUUAUCAAGCUGUAGUUACUCCGGGUAGAAUAACUUCAUCCUUUUACAACCCAGUAGCUGGAAGAUGUCAUGAUAUGACUGUAUUUCACAAAAGUGAUAUUGAAAUGCAUAUGCGUAAAGCAUUUGAUUUCAGGAGUAUUGGUGAAUCCUGUUACCACCUUUAUGCUGACAGAGGAUAUGCAUCUUCUGAAUUCGUGAUGUGUUCAUUUGCAGAGAACUCUCCGGAGUAUAUUGUCAACCAAGAUAUGUCAAGUUCUUGUGUUGUAGUAGAGAAUGAGUUUGCACAUGUAAGAAACUUGUUUGCUUAUGUAAAUUAUACACAAACACAAAGAAUUCUUCAGGGCAAUGUAAGCUCUUAUUACAUUGUGGCAAUGCUCUUCAAAAACUUGCAUGUUUGCUACAACCGUGGAAAUCAAACAACCAUGCGGUUUAAAGUCUCUUCUCCAACACCAAUGGAGUAUAUUACAGACCUCUUAAAUCACUAA